UGGUUAAGAAAAUGUCAAGAGUACAUGUCUGCAAAUUCUAGGCAAAGGGUGACUACUUUGAAGAUGCUAAAAUAUAACACAGUUUUGAUUUAUUUUGGAUUUUGUUUAGUCACAACAUAAUUCCCAUAGUUCCAUUUAUGUUAUUCCAUAGUUUUGAUGACUUUACUAUUAUUCUAAAAUGUGAAAGAUAAAUUAUAAUAAAGAAUGAGUAAGUGUUUCGAAACUUUUGACCGGUAGUGUAUAUUGGGACAUAUUCUGUUUGUCAAACUAAGUAGAAUAUGUCCAUUAAUUUGAUUUAUAUUUUAUAAUUUAACUAUAUUGCAGUUGUGGUUACUCAGCGAGGGCACCCUGUGAGGAACUGACUUGAAUUAAAAUGAAUUUGAAACAGUUUGAUUAUAAAUAACAGCUAAAAUGGCAAAGUAAGAAAAGUAAAGUUGGUUCUGAGAAAAGGUCCAGCAUCCUUUGUUUGCAGAUGCCAAUUUGUUUAAUAUUUUAUUACCUAACACCUGUCCUAACCAGACGUGACAAAGUGGCAAUCUCUUCAUGUAAAUUUAAGCGACAAGCGUCAGGACAUUUUGUCAAUGUUUAUGUUGUAAGGUGCUUGGUGGCCCUACUCGCAGUGAAAUUUUUCCAAAAUCAUGCUCCAUAUAACUUCAAAUAUGUUGUAAUUAGCUGAAAAACUCGUUGCUGGAAAUAGUGUUGCGUUUGUUCAGGACACGGUGUAAUGCAAUGAAAUUCAUUGCAUUAGAUAACUAGUGUUUGCUAGUAUGUAAUAAAGUUGAUUUGUUUCAGAUGCACAGCCAACAGACUGUGAAAGAGAUGUGUGGAACCAGGUAAAUGCUGUCCUCCAGGAGUCGGAGAGCAUCUUGUCCGGCUUACAGGCCUAUAAGGGGGCGGGUCAGGAAAUACGAGAUGCAAGUCUGACACAUGCAUAAAAAUUACAAGAAAUAGUGCAAUACAGAAUCCUAAUGACAUGUUCCUUCAGGAGAGGGCAUGGAACUCUGUGUGUCCCCUUGUUAUCCGCCUAAAGAAGUUCUAUGCCUUUUCAUUGAAACUAGAGGAAGCGCUGCAGAGCCUGUUACAUUCUCUGACAUGUCCACCGUAUACUCCCACUCAGCACCUGGAGAGGGAACAGGCCCUCGCUAAACAGUUCGCAGAAAUCCUGCAUUUCACCCUCCGCUUUGAUGAGCUGAAGAUGAGAAUUCCGGCCAUCCAAAACGACUUCAGCUACUACAGAAGAACAAUAAGUCGAAAUAGAUUAAACAACAUGAAUUUGAAUAUUGAAAAUGAGGUCAAUAAUGAAAUGGCAAACAGAAUGUCUCUAUUCUAUGCGGAGGCCACACCCAUGCUGAAGACCCUGAGCACAGCGACAACAAACUUUGUUACAGUGAAUAAGACAUUACCUCUUGAGAACACCACAGAUUGUCUGAGCACCAUGGCAAGUGUAUGCAAGGUCAUGCUGGAGACGCCAGAAUACACAAGCCGGUUCAACAGUGAAGAUACUCUCCUCUUUUGUAUGAGGGUAAUGGUGGGGGUUAUUAUCCUUUAUGACCACGUGCAUCCAAACGGUGCCUUCAACAAAUCUUCAAAAAUUGAUAUGAAAGGGUGCAUUAAAGUCUUGAAAGAUCAGCCAGCAGAUAAUGUUGAAGGUCUCCUCAAUGCCCUCAAGUUCACCACAAAACACCUGAAUGAUGAGUCCACUCCAAAAAAUAUCAGAACAAUGCUCCAGUAAUGGUUUUAGGUGAAGUGGGUCAAUAUUCUGACCUCAAAAGAUGUAUAUGUUUACAUUUAUUUAAGGACUUGAUGUUAAUACUUGGGUGUAUUUACAUAAUCAUUCCCUCCAAGUUACUGCAGUGUAAAGAAAGCAGACCUUUAUUUUAAACAAAUGCCUAUACUGCUGACAAAAGCACAAAUGAUGAAACCAAGCAGCCUUAUGAAAAUUCACGAAAUGAACAAUAUUUGCCAUGUUGCUUUCAUAUAGAUAACAGUGAUCAUUUUAGCCAAAGGGGCUAAUGCAUUGGUUGUGAGUUACGGUGAAGUGCUAUUGGCUAAAGUUUAGUCAAAAGUGCAUGAGUAAGGUGUGUUUGGAUGGUUGUGCUUUUGUAUUUUGUAAGACGGUAAUGAUGAGAAAAGACAGUUCUGCAAAACACCAUAAUGUGAUGGAACCAAUUUUGCUAUAUUUUCAAAUCUAUGUUUUGGCUAAAGGUGGAGAUAUCAGCUUUUAUUUUUGUUAUUAUGUGAUGUGUGCUCCAUGUCUGUGUGCCUCUUUGUUUCUAACAAAUGUGUUACUCAUCAAUACAGCUUUACAUUUUGAAAUAAAAUUGAAAUUUUGAUUAUAUCUCAUGUGACUCUAAAUAAAAAAAAAAAUAAUAAUAA